AUGACACAAGCCCCCCUUCUCCCUUACGGCUCCCCCACCCUUCUCUCCGCCCUCUCCGAGACCUUCUCCUUCCACGCCUCGCCCGAAUCCUUCAUCACAUCCCGCGUACUCACCUUCCGCUCUCAACACCCCGACCUCGCCGACGCGCGUGUUCCAAUCCACGCAAAAGUGCUGAAUCGAAACGUAGCCGUCAUCUCAUCAUACCAGCACAUCAAAUUCCUCCUCUGCAGCCCAGAAGUAACAUCGAAGCUUAGCUCCAGUAAAGCGUACGAUGAACUUAUGGCGCCUUUCUUCCCGCCGCCAAACCUGCUUCUCGCGGACCCUCCAGGCCACCACCAAUACAAGGACACCUGGCGGCACAGAAUCGCCGACCUGCCAACCAAGAUCCGUCCAAUGGUUCAGUCCAUCACGAGCUUGCACUUCUGCAACAUACCAUCAAGCUCGACCAUCGAUCUCUAUGAUAGCAUGAAAACACUCUCCUGGCAACUUAUCCUGGGCGCGUUCCUCUCUUCCGCGAACGACAUCGCCGAUAUUCCCCCCGACUUCGUAAGGCUGCAAGAAGCACUUCUUCGUGGGCAGUUCUCCCUCUUUCCGGUUAGUGUCAGCACGCCGUUCUGGAAGUCGCCGCGGGCGAAGGGUAUAGCUGCGAGGGAGAGAUUGCAAUCUUUGCUGCGUGAGCGCGUCGAUUCACUCCCUGGUGGCGGCUGUCCAUUCGCCCCGUCUUCUACGGCGGAGAAAGAUGACGUCGCUAAACAUCUGUUGUUGUUUACCUCCUCGCUGGCUGUAAAGGCGCUGGCGAGUUUGUUGACUGCCACCCUCCUCAACAUCUACCUGGCAUCUUCAUCUCAUGAAGGCCGAAUGAAUAUGAGAGGGGAGGGUAAUUUGGCGUCUAAGCUGCGCUCCCUUGCUGGUAUCCAGCGAUGCGACCUCAUUGAUAGCAUCAUUAUCGAGACUGAACGCCUCUCCCCGCCCGUUGUGGGCAUCAUGCGGCGGACUACUGCGGACAUCGUUCUCCCGGCACCCGAUAAUGAAGGAAGAGAGGAGAAAGAAAGGGGGCGGGAGACGCUGGUGCCUGAGGGGUGGGACAUAUGGAUGUACUUCGUCGGCGCGGGGAGAGACCCGCAGAUCUACGGUGACACCGCGGAGACUUUCGUGGCGGACAGGUUUCUUAGUAAGGACAGCAAGGAUGCAGAAGAGGGGUUUGCGUUCGGAGCGGGAGAGAAAGGAUGUCUGGGCCGAGAGGUUGUGAGAGAGAUUGUGAGAGGUGUGGUAAGUGUUAGCCUCGGUUUUGAUGGGGAUGUAGGGGAUGGUGGGGAAGGGGGAGGAAAAGGUGUUGGUCUUCACGUUGACGAGAGCGUUUUACCACUCGGAGUGCAAGGCUGGCUCGGACACAAGCAAAACGUGGACCCAGCGGAUUGGGCGAGGGAUAUGAAACAAUUGCCUACGCAGCGGCCGGCGAGGGCAGUGGUGGUGCGUGUAGAACAUGACUUUCAAACCUAG